AUGAUCCCCGCAGUGAAAAGAAAUACUGGCCAGUUCUCUAGGCCAGGGCAGCCCCCUGAGCCUGAUGGAUUAAGUGGGGAGGGGAUCUUCAGUGACUCUGAAUGCAAUGAAGCUGCUUCAGAAAAGAACAGCCACACACCUAGCCAGUCCCAAGGGGACUCCCUAAAGGACACAUCGGACUCCUCUGUUUCUUCUUACCACACUGCUCUGUGCUCAGAGGCGGCGGAGAGUUUUAAGGACUGCGUGGAAUCUCUGGAAGAUGAAGGGGACACUCUGUUAACCCAGCCGCCUGAUGGUGACCCAGCUGAUGAAAGCGAUCUGCAUUGCAAGAACAAAACUGCACCGGUGAGCCUUUCUGAACAGAGCCUGGCUGGCCUGAAAGGUUUUUGGAGGGGCACUUCUGAGGACCCAGCUGAGCAACUACAUGGGACACCAAGUGAUUUUGACAAAGCCACAUGGGAGCUGCCUGAUAAAAACAGCAAAGGGGCUGGUGAUAUUUGUGCUGCUGCCUCUAUGGCCGUAGUUCAUUCAGCUUUAAAUAGAAGCCAGGCUUCAGGGGGGAGUUUAACAACCACAGCUGAGAGGACAUUUAGCCCCCAGGCAGGCAGGGAGUGUGCAGCAAGCAAUCAAGUUUGCAGAUACAGAGGCUACCUCAGUGCCAAGGAGAAGCAACAGGUUCAGAUGUCAAUCACGGGCCCUGCUAAGAAUAGCUCUGCUCCAGGGUACAGCAGCAGGAUGGGGCUAGCCACAAGAGAGCUGCAGCCUGGAGACAGUGGGUCUAAAUAUUUGGAUCCGCCUUUACGAUUCAAUGCACCGAAAUCCAGGGAGAUGUUCCUCAAAGAGCGCAAUACGAAGGGCAGCAGAGCUCCUGUGAUUAGCAAGGCCCCUUGCCCCCAGUAUUACGCUGACAACUCCAGUGCUGGGAGCGACUCCGAAGAGGCUGAUAAUGAAGUUCAGAAGCUCACUGCUCUGUCGUUCCGGAGCCUCUCGUGCCCUCACGGUGGUUCCCUACAUAUGUACAGUUCUAGUAACAGGACAUCGUCUAGCUUGUCCAAUUCCUUGUCAGAAGACAGUAAUGGAAUGAACAGGUGGUCAACGCGUAAUGAGCUGAGAAAAGCAGAGGUGGUCAGCCAGGCAAAGGGCAGCAGACAAUUCCCAGCUGCCAGCCAAGUCCCAGAAAAAGAUCCGCCCAGUUACUCAUUCGGGAAGGACCCGUUCGAGUGCGUUGAUGUGGUGCUGGAAAGCGCCGACGGCAAAAAGGGCCACUCCAAAAAGAGGACUGUGCCCAAGCGGCAGAUCCAGCUCAAGCAGAGAGACAGGAAUGAGAUGAAUUUCCUCAGAGCAGGGGACUGCGCUGACCAGCAGCCCUUUGCAGCACCCAGGAACGACCCCUGCCCAAAGGGCAGGACCAUCAGUAAUGAAUUCAGGAUAAACUACAAACAGUUUCUGAGAACAGCGUCAUUAGACGACUCGUACAGCAAAACCAGGAUGGCCUCCUGCCUGGUGAAAAAUGUGCUGGCCAAGAAAAUGCAGUACGAGCAGAGGAUCAGAAUGGAGCAGAAAUCGAUGCAGGGCAGCUCGACCUCUUCCGUACCAUCCUCCGUAAGUACAGACCUCGUGGGGGAUUUCACGGAAGGGAAGUCAAGUUCUCUGUCCAAGUCCGACUGCAGCUGUUCAGCUGAAGAUCUGCAGAGUCAUUCAAUGAGCGAAAGGUCUGAGUCAAUGAGCCAAGAAAGCACUGAUGCCAUGCGGCCAACCAAAGGGGUAGUGCUGAACGAGCAGCAAAGGGAAAAUGUCUGCAAGCUGAAAAAGACGUUCAACGAGCUGAAUGAAAGACUGAAGUCUCAAGAAGCCACCCAGUCCAAGCCACUCCCCAUCUUGGCAGAUGGCAUGAACAGGGAUUCAGGCGACUGCAGGAAGCAGGUUGCCAGAGAGAGGAAAGAAUACUGGAGAGCUCGUGCCCUGUUUGAAUCCAAGCAGGCUGAGGUGAAAGGCUUGGGUGUUGCCCCAACGUUUUCCAAAGUACAAAAGCCAUGGCCCAGUUUGAAGCAGCGAGCGAUCAGCAAGAACAAGCACGCGUCAUGGAAAGAGGAGAAGGUCUCCUUCAAGCCAGAAAGUUUGGUGGUGCCCAGGGAUCCAGCCAGGAACAUCUUCACGUCCACAACGCAGGAGAUGAAACUGAUCCCACAGAGCAAACCCGAGCAGCAGCAGAAGAUGCUGAAUGUCUCCAGGCAGCUGACUCCGGAGGGAGGUGCCGAGGAGAAGAGGCCAGCAGCAGUGCAGAGCACCAAGUAUUCCUCUCUCAUUUUGCCCACUUCCUGCAGAUCACGCAGCGAUGGGAAAAGCAGCCCCCCUGAAGCAUCGCGUGCUCAAGAGGCCAAGAAGACAGAGAGUAAAGGGAGGGGGCGAAUACAUCAGCCCAGGGACGUCAGAAAGUUAGUUAAGAACACCUAUAACUUGUGCUUUAAAUCUUCAGACAGCUUCAAUAUAGACCAAGAAACCAACAGUGGGGAUAGCAUAAGCCUAUCAACAAAGGAGUCCACUACAACCUCCCCUCUGUUUAUACACUGCACCUCAGUGUGUCGCAAAGAUGAUGUGCAAACGAAGACCCAUUCACAUGGAAAAAAACAGGAGCAGCAGUUGAACUUAGAUGUGUCAGCGCUUUCCAUACCAGAUCAGAGAGCGAGUGACCGGCAACACAAUGCCGCUUUAAACCACGUCACUAAGCCCCACGUGGAUGAACCUGUCAGUCUUACCGAAAACAAAUGCACUGCAGUGGGUGAAUCUCCCAUCCACAUCACUCAAAUUCAGUCCAAGAAGAAGGUUGUAGCUGGGAAUGAAGAACUCCAGCUAAAGCCUGAAAAUAAACCAGUGUGUUAUGAGAGGAGUGAGCUAAAUGUAACACCAUGUUCCAAAGCCACGAGGAAAGCACCUCAGAUGGAAUCCCAGCUUAAUAUUAAAGUCAACAGUUCUCUUUCCAAGCAUCCACACAGAACACAAGCUGACCACUUCCCUGCUCCAACUUACUCAGCUUCGGAUGGAAGAGCUAUGAAAGACUCAUCGACACAAGCUAAUUGCAACUCGCUAGAAAAAAGCAAAGCUGUUCUGUUUCAAUCUUCAGCCUCUCCUAAGGACACCAAGAACCACACUGACAUCAAUCGCAACACCGCCAGGCCAGGUCAUUUUCAGGAGGCUCACGCCCACAAGGAGCCUGAGUGGCCAUUUCAGAAGGAUUUAUCCACUGAGAUCAUCUCAUUGACAUCUUGUGACAGUCAAGACUUUUCUGUCAGUCCAAAAGAAGAAAACAAUGUCUCUGAACAGACCAAGGAAGGCUACAGACAUCUACAGCCCAUAAAGCCAACAGUGACAAGUACCCAAACAUCCCACACAAACACACCAGCAAACAAUCAGUCUGUUAACAGUUCAUAUCAGCAGAAGGCCCAGAAUAAAAUGUUUGAUACCCCCAGGCCGUUGGAUAGCCAGGUGUUUGUGCCAGCAACCCGCAUGUCUCCAGAGUGUGCCAAUUCCAAUGCCUCCUUGAGAUCAAAGGAAUACAGUGAAGAAACCAGACUACCAGGAGUUCUUUCUGCUGCACCAUCACCACCAGCUGGAAAGCUCCAAGAUCAGAGGGAGAAUUGGGAUCACUUGAACAGACAGCAGGCAGGAAACGAGCAAUAUUUCACAGCCACCCAUGCUGAGAAUGCCAACUAUUUAACAAUUCCCAUGAAAGCCCAGAAACCCGAAGCAGCUUCUAAGCCCUUAGUGCCCUCCCAUCCAGACCACACUUUGAUCAGUUCCAAUGUGUUCUUCCAGCCAGGCGGGGAAGCACCUGUGAGCACAAUAAGCAAUGAGUCUCCACAGUUGAAAGCGCCAGAGGGCAAGGCAGCCGCAGACCACUCCGUGAAUGACCGGCCAAGCCAUGUUCAGCCCCAUCACAGAGUCAACGACUCACCCAAUUUCUUGAGGAGGAACAAUGGUGUUUCACCAGGCAGUAGAAGUGUCCCUAGCCCCACCAGGUCUUUUGCUCCCCAGCCCCAGGCUCACAGGAAAAUGCUUAUUGAUCCAGACAGCGGGAAGUGCUACUACAUGGAACCUCCCAGACAGCCGCAGCUGAAAAUGCUCUAUGACCCAGAGACAGGCCAGUACCUUGAAGUGUUGAUACCCCCAGUCCCCUUGGCAUCACAUAGUAGGCUUUACCCAUCUCCUUUUAACCCAUUGGUCAUGAAUCCAGGGGUUUACGGACCUCCCUACAUACCAUAUCCGGGAUUCCCAGGGUUUCCUCCUCCUCCUGUGGCUAUGCCAUCUGUCCAUCCCGAUCUGCCAAAUCAACAGCCCGGUCAAGAAAAUACAAAUGUAACUGAAACCUUCAGCUCUAGUCCAAAAGGCGAAGCUCCACCAGCUACUCAAGCCACUGACUGCAACUACAUGGAGAGUUUAUAUUAUAUUCCUACGGGGAUGAAUUCAAGUCCUAGCCCUAAUCAGCCUUUAUUCUCCCCAGCUACAAGUUCCAGUCCUUCCAUGCCAGAGAAAGGGCCCUUGUUCCGGAUGUAAGACCCUCACCCAAAUGAACAUGCAGCACACGGAGGGUUAAAAGUGGGUUUCCCUCAAUGAAUGUAUAUUGCGUAUUUAUUUCUGAACAUUCGUACUUGAAAACAAGUCAAGCCUACACCAGCCCCCAAGAUGUGGUGGAAAAGGAGAGAGGCCCACUGCCUGACCCCGCUGGUUACACUUUGCUCCCCUUGUCCAGAUGUUUGGGCUUCCGAAGCAAAUCAGAGGUAACAGUGCACCAAGAAGACGGCACGGUGCACAUCACUUCCUGUUCAUCUCAUUGGUUUCUAAUGAGAAUGCAGAAUGCAGUAGCCAGACUAAUUAAAUGUAACCAGCCCUGACCAUCCUGGUGCUUGUGAAGUCAAUGGGAGUUUUGCUAUUGAUUUCAAAGGGACCAGGAUUUAGCCUAGCAGCCUCUCAUCCAUAACUGCUGAGCUGUUUCUUGAUGCACAGAACAAAGUAUUCUAAUGCUGGGCCUGAUCCUGGGAGCUGCAGUUCACCAGCCACCAGAGUUAUGUGUGCUCAGCACUAAGUGAAUUAGGAUCGGGCCCUGUGCCAGGUAAUUGUAAUUUUAUUUUGGUUUUUGCUUAGUCUGUGUUGGUAGGACACUGUCCAUGAGAAACCCACUCUCUCGCUUUGAAAGACAAAACUUCCACUCGUCAGCAUUACAGAAAUUACCCGCACAACCUAGCUUGUAUUUGUAAAGAUCGCUGUUUCAAGGGGCUGCACACAUGAAAGCUGGACUGCAUACCACCUCCGGGAUUGUUUUGUUCUGUCAAGCAAAGAGUCUGUGCAAAGGGGAGGGCAUGCUGCGUUAUGGGCAAUGAUCACUGGCUGGGAAAUUAUUUCAGGGAAGUUUUCUACCCUGCAGGAGGGCAGCCUGGCUGGUCACAGUGUGACAGCCUGGGAAUCUGUGAGAGCUGUUAUGGAACUUGUCCAAGAAUUUUCACUAUUAGCAAAAAGGGUCAAUAAUCAUUUUUAAAAAUAGGUUCUCAGACCCUUGGGAAAUCUUAGCUGUUUCCAGCUGCUUUGGGGGACUGGCUGGGUGAAAUGCAAGCCCUGCAGAGGGAAGGUACCUCACGUAAGUCCUGCUUAAACUCUUAAGGCUCUUACCUGCCAGCUUAAGCUCUUACCUGGACACUGCAAACAGUUGCAAUGUGGGCUUGGUGUUGCCUUUUCUUGCAAUGAUUUGUACUUGUUCUGAUAUAUUUUUCAUGGUAUCAUUAAUCCUUUGAUUUCUUUGGCCUACACACUCCCCAGGUAUGUCUAUACUGCAGUAGGGUUGGUCGCAGCUCGACUAGACAGAUUCAAGCUAGCUAGUUCUGGUGCGAGAGCAGCACAGCCAUGGCAGUAUGGGCUAACCCAGCAAGUCAUUACCCAGGCUAGAUUAAAAGAUUGCAAGUUGCAACUCAAGUUGCACUCAUACCCCGUGACUUCAGUGUAGUCAUACCUCCCCACCCCACACCGGCUCAGAUCCUCAGCUGGCUUAAAUCAGCUCGGUACCACUGAAAUCAUAUGAGCGAUGCCUGUUUUCCCCUGCUGAGGUUCUGGCCCAAAGAACUGAGUGAGAAAUAAUUAAGGAAUCUGGCACUUUUGUCCCUUUGCUGUAUAGAAAAGAAAAAUUACUGUAUGUCCAAAACACUUCUGUUAAUAACAAUUAGGAUAAUUAAUGUAUUUAUGUGCAUUGUGGCAGCAUCAAGGAGCCGCAAUCAUGGCCCAGGUGCUGUACAAACACCAACAAAAAGACAGUCCCUGCCCCAAGGAGCUUCCAAUCUAAAUAUAAGACAAAAGACAACAGGUGGAGACAGACAGGCAGGCAGACAAGGGGGCACAAGGAAACAAUAGGAUGAUAUGGGUCAGCAUGGGAGGCAGUGGCUAUUUAGUGAUGUAUUUAGUAAGUUGCAUCUUAGUGCUCAGCAGAUGGUCAGUGCUGGAACAAAGGGAUCCAGUCCAACCCCCUGGAGGUGUGGAAAAUAAGCGAGCAGUAGGAAGAGUGAGAAGGGAAUUAAUCAGUUAUUAAACUUCUUCCAGUGUAAACGAUCAGAGCUGCUGCUGGUAACCUGGGUACAGAAACUGUGUUUGCACAAGUUCUAAACUUGACUCUGUGGCCAGGGGAGGUCCUGCCUCUGCCCACAUUCAAAAUGCAGGCAGUCCGCUGGUGUAGAAAGCACAUCACAUGCUCCAGCUCGGCGCUAGACCCAGCCUGCAGGCCCAAUCCCACGGCCCUCAUCGGCGUGAGUGGCCUUUGCCCCCCGCAGGAAUCCCACUGACAUCGGGUGAAGAACUGUACGUCUGAGCACACCUCACAGGAUCAGGCCCCAGGGGUGUUUGAACUCCAGAGUCCAGGGCGGUGGUGCAGAGCUCUUGCUGCUGCUUUGCGGACAGCUCCCUGGUCACGGGCUCGCUGGUUUCCAGCUGUUCUGCAGGUGUCAGGCUCAGUGCGAGGAAGCAACUAGAGAGGCUGGAAACAAGGCAGAACCAGCCCAGCUGCCUCUCCUAGGAGCCACUGCCCCACAAGAGGAGAGGAAACAGAAGCAGCCCUCAGGGACCAGUCACCCAGGGGGAAGGACUAUCUGUGGUGCAGAGAGUGAGGCUGCUCAGCAGUGUGUGGUGGGGAGAAACAUGUGGCUGGUUCAGGGGAGAAGGGAGCAGAAGCAAUGUGGGGGGAGGUGGAAUGAGAGCAAAGGGCGACAGUGUUAGAGGGGAGAUAUGCCUCUCUGAGGCCAGAGUGUAGGCUGGGCCCCAUGCAGGGUUUUAACUUGGUUUAAUGAGAAUCUCUAGCUAACAGCUCAACAUUGCUAUGCUUUAGAACUGCCAGCCCUGGAGUAGCAUGGGCGUCCUGGCUGGACAGGAGCCAGAGGUGGUGGAUCCAGCCGUACUAGACUCCUUGGAAUUGAUGUCUGGUCAGGUGAAAGGGGGGUUAAUGCAGGUUGAAUAGUGAGUGUGAAAUGGAAAGGGGUAAUUUAAUAGUGGUGCAUAAAGGUGAACUGCAAAUCAAGCAUGAAACCUGAGCUAAGCAGCGAUUUAGAUCCCUUAUGCCCUCGCCCUGAGGGUAUGCAGCAUAGGCAUGUGAAUAGGGCAACAAAGCCCCGGUGUCGGUCCUCUCUCUGCCACUGAUUCACUGGGUGAGCUUUGGCAAGUCGCUCAGAUGCGGCAUGCCUCAGUUUCCCCAUCUGAGGGUUAUGAUAGUGACUUAUCUUUGUAACAUGCCUUGAGAUCUACUGAUGAAGUGCAUUCUGUAUGUGUGAUUAUUUAUCAAGCUGCUGUGGGAGGCAUUCAACAGAGAAAUGGUGCUCAGCACAGCAGAGCCCUGCCUUCUAAGCGCUACUGCAGGACAAAUUCAUAAUAAGAACUAACCCUUUACAAAUUCUUUCUAGCCCUCUUGGAAAGCCUCGCAGUACUUCCUGCAUCUCUGAGGUGAUUCCAGAAUGCAUCUUUUGGCCACAUCACAAAUACCAUGGAUUACCCAGGCUGCAAUGCAGCCUCUGGUAUUUGUGAUGUCACAUCCUGGAAUCUCGUCAGAACUAAUGAGAUUUCAUGCAAGGGGCGGACAAGAGAAUCAUAUACAAGUAAAUUAAACUGUAUUUCUCUGCGGAAUGCCCAUCAUGGCCUGGCGAGAGGUGGGGAUCAGUAUCUCUAGGGAAAUCUAUAGGAGGAAAACGAGACAUAUGAGCCCACGAGACCUUUGCAGGUAUCAUAGAUAGCACCUUUCUGUGCCUACUGCAGAGCUUUCGGGAAAGUUCACUGCAGAUAAGCACAGCUUGACAACCCUCGCCAGCCUUCUAAGCCACCUUAACUUUUCAUCCCUUUGCUGUUUAUCAUGGAUAGCAGCCAGGGAAAAGCUUGAUCAGCCUUCUAAAUUGCAUCCAUCCUGGAACGCCUGACAUGCUGGUUCCAUGGCAAGCUGACCUGUUCAAAGCAAAGGGCAACAUACCACACUAUGGCAAGCCAUAGAUUUAGGAGUACCCUAAAUCCAAUAAAGGAAGCACCCUUCCCUCCAUAAUAUCAUAUGUUCAGUGAUGGAUCUGGAGAGAAGUGUCCUUCCUGACCCUAUCAGUGAUCAGCAGCAUGAGAUUUUAUUACUCAAGAGGCUUUCAAAUAUUUUCUUUUUUCUCUUAAACCAGGGAAAUUAAAAGCCAAUAACUAUGUUAAAUGCAACAGUUAAAGCUGGGAUCUGAAAGCCACUUACCCCUGAAGAGGCUCCGACAGGAACCAUUCCACCAUCCUCAUGUGCACUGCAGUACGGUCAGUCAUUAGGUUACCCCAUAACAAUGGGGCAGGCUCGUCAUUAGAUAUAUAGGGUAGGAUUUUCAAAUUCACUCAGUUUUGACUGGCCUAACUCCACUCUCCAUUCAAGCCAGUGGCAAAACUCCCAUUGAUUUCAAAGGGAGCAGGGUUUGGCCAAUGCAGAGAGCUUUUGAAAAUCCCCCCUUAAUUGAUAAAUAUAAGUGAAAUAUCUGGUGUUAUAGAAAUGGGCCAGACACUGAGGGCCACAACCUGCUCUCAGUUACAGUAUGUUAGCCUGGAGUGAAUCCACUGCAGGAUCCACACUGCAGAACAUUGUCAGCUUUUAACAAAGCGAAGAAAUGUGUAACGGGUUCAUCAUCUGGGGAAUAAAAAAACCAGAAGGCUUUUUCCAAAGGCAAGCAUGGGUUCAUCUGCUGGAGGGCCUGCUUGUACAAUCAGAUCUGCUCGCGUAGCAGGUGAGGGGGCAUAAAUUAGGGUUACAUUAGUCCAGACAUCAAGAUUCUUCACAGGUGCUCUGGUCUGUGGGUCGAUUGCAGGAUCAGGAUAUGGCGUGAUCAAUAUUUGGAUUCCUAAUAAAUGCAAGAGUUGAUCAGUUG